CUCGAUAGGAAACAGAUCGAGUAUAACUAUAUUCGGAUCAAUCAUUUACAAAGAUUCUGUUUUCUUCUGUUGUUGCUUUGAAAAAGUUUUGUUUACCUAGUAUCAGAUAAACGUCAAUCAUAGUCUUGUAUUUAGUUAUUUAUUAUUAAUAUCGUGUAUUUUUGUGUGAAUAAAAACAUCUAGUCACGGAAAUAGUGCUAAUCAAGAGUGCAUAUGCGAUAUGAUUAUCAAGUGCUAAGUUUUAGAGGAGUGUCUUAGCUUUUUGUAGAAGCAACUUGUAAGGAAUAUAAAAUAUAAUGUAAAAGAUAGCCUAGAAGAAGAGUGCACACAGCAGCCGAGAAGACAAGUGAUCAGUUUAUAAAUAACGUUCUCAACAACUGGAAUUUCAAGAAUUGAAGCCAGAUUAAAAUAGUAUCGAAAGAUUUAAACAGUCAAUUAAAGUUUUAACUCUUUUUCUAGAUAAAGAAAGUGAAAAUGCUUUUACUUCUGCUUUUUUGUUUGAGCUCUGCAUCGCACAUUCGGUCUCAACCCCUGGUUGACCUGGCCUUAGAUUUGGAGACAACAAUUCUCAAUACUCGUAUUCCCGAUACAAAGGCGUUCCAUACGACUUAUGACUUUAUCAUAAUUGGUGCCGGUUCUGGAGGUGCUGUUAUUGCGAACAGACUUAGUGAAAUCAAGAAUGCAACAGUUUUGCUUCUAGAAGCUGGAGAUCAAGAGACUCUUCUAAGUGAUGUUCCUGUGAUGGCAGCUCUUACCCAAAUUACACGCUAUAACUGGGGCUAUAAAUCAGAUCCAGUGGAAAAUGCGUGUAAAGGCUUAAAAGGUGGUGUUUGUAAUUGGCCCAAAGGAAGAGGUCUUGGCGGAACAAGUCUUAUAAAUUACAUGCUCUACACACGUGGUCAUCGCAAGGACUACGACAAUUGGUCGCAGCUGGGAAACACCGGAUGGAGUUAUGAAGAAGUUCUGCCGUACUUCAAGAAAUCCGAAAGAAUCGGUAUUCCCGAGUUACGUGAUUCCGUAUAUCAUGGUCGUGAAGGUACUCUUGAUGUUCAAUAUGCUGGUUACACAUCAAAUUUACUGAGAGCUUUUCUUAAAUCAAGCAACGAACUGGGCUACAACAUAACUGAUCCUAAUGGUGAAAACUUGAUGGGAUUUAGUAGGUCCCAAGCAACGAUUCGAAAUGGACGACGAUGUAGCACUGCAAAAGCUUUUAUAAGACCAGCAGCUGGUCGGCCGAAUUUGCACAUAUCAAUGAGGUCUUGGGUAACAAAAAUUGUAAUUGAUCCAAAGACAAAACAGGCUAUUGGAGUUGAGUUUAUGAAAAAUAAGAAAAAGCAGGUUGUAUAUGUGAGGAAAGAGGUGAUUCUCUCAGCUGGAAGUAUAUCAUCGCCACAACUUUUAAUGCUGUCUGGCGUUGGGCCUGCUGAGCAUUUGGCUGAGUUUGAGAUACCAGUGAUUCAAGAUCUUAAGGUGGGAUACAAUCUACAAGAUCAUGUAACUUUAAAUGGUUUGGUAUUUAUAACCAAUGGAACGGCAUUGAGUGACAAGGCUUUAAUGAAUCCAUCAGAUAUGAUGCAGUAUAUUCUGCAGGGCAAGGGACCCUAUACUAUUCCAGGAGGAGCUGAAGCUUUUGCAUUUGUUCGAACAGAACAUUCGACUUUUGAUAAUGACUAUCCUGAUAUGGAAAUUGUCCUCGGUGCAGGAUCUUUAGGUGGAGAUACUAUGGGUGCCAUGAGAGAUCUACUCGGCAUCACCGACGAGUUCUAUGAAAAAGUUUAUGGAGAUAUUGUGCAUAAGAAAACAUUCGGAAUGGUUCCUGUGUUGCUGCGACCUAAAAGCCGUGGGCGAGUAUCACUUCGAAGUAGAAAUCCUUUCCAUUGGCCUAAAAUGCAGCCUAAUUUCAUGGAACACGAAGAUGAUGUACGAGCUAUGAUCGAUGGAAUAAAGAUGACCUUAAAAAUUGGCCAAACUAAAUCUAUGAGAAAGUUUGGAAGCGAGUUCCACACGAAACCUUUCCUUGGCUGUGAAAAUGAAACUUUUAAUAGUGAAGCCUAUUGGAGAUGUUGCCUUCGAUUAUACGGAACGAGCUUGCAACAUCAAUCGGGAACUUGUAAAAUGGGCCCUGCUUGGGACAAUGAUGCUGUUGUUGACCCUGAACUUAGGGUCAAGAGAAUUCGUGGUUUGCGUGUUGCAGACGCAUCCAUAAUUCCCGUUAUACCAGCUGGCCAUACAAAUGCAAUUGUCAUAAUGAUUGCAGAGAAAGCUGCUGAUAUGAUAAAACAGUCUUGGAACUUAAUUUAGGAAUAACUUGUCGAUAGAGACAAAAUGGCUGUGAUUUGUAUUUACUAAGUCUAGAAAUAAUUCAUAAGAUCAUACAAAUUAAGCUAAUACAAUUUAUUGAUCACAUUUCAUAUUCACUUAAAAAAAUCAUUUUGUAAAUAUGACUGCCUUCAUUUUGAACUAAGGAAAUAAUAAAAACAAAAAUUAAUAAUACACAAGAACUUACUUUUAUAAAAGACUAGGGGGUCUUGGAAUUGAAUAUUUCUCUCCUUUUUGCAAGUGUGAAUAAAAAAGAGAUAUUUAGAAAAGAGGCUGGGAAAUGAUCCACAGCCGAUUGGAUUCAUGGACCUUUGAAAAGCAUAGUAUCAAAAAAUGAAAAAUAUCUAAUUUAGUGCCAUUUUAAUUCUUUGUACUGCCAGUUAUAUUUCUUAAAAAUGUUUCCCGAUUAAAUCAUU